CCGGGCUCCUCCUUCGCCGCGGCUGCGCGCUGGGAGCCACGCUGCGCCGGGCCGGGCAGGGCCGGGCCGGGCCGGGCUGUGCCGUGCCGGGAGUUGUGCGGGGCGCGCGCGCCUAUGCUGCGCGCCGGACUGCUCCCACGCGCUCUGGGCCGCCCCCGCGGGGCCGCGCGGGGCUGCUGCUGCGCGCCCCGCGGCUGGGCGGGCGGCGGGUCCCGCCUACGGGCCGCACUGGGGCUGCCGCCGGGACAGGGCCGGCCCGCGGGGGUGUCGGUGCCGCCGGGCGCCCGGGCCCUGCGAUGGGCGGGUAAAUUUUACCAACAUGCCACAACAGAGGCCUCCCAAGCCACCUUAGCUAGCGUGUCUCCUGUUUUUGCAGUGAUGAAGUUUGACAAAGAGGGAAAUACUACCUAUUUCGAAAAGAAGAAAACAGAAUUAUACCAGGAAUUGGGUCUUCAAGCUCGAGAUCUAAGAUUUCAACACCUAAUGAGCAUUGCAACUAGAAACAACAGGAUCAUCGUGAGAAUGGAGUUCUUGAAGGCUGUCAUAACACCAGAGUUUCUUCUGAUACUAGAUUAUCGUAAUUUAAAUCUGGAACACUGGCUCAUCAAUGAACUAGCAUCUCAGCUGGCUGGGGAAGGUCAACUAGUUACAUAUUCCCUGCCCUUUGAAUUCCGAGCCAUAGAAGCAAUCCUGCAGUACCGGAUCAGCAAACUGCAGGGGAGACUUAACACUUUGCAGCCUCAGAUCCUUGAGACACUGGAAGCUCUAGUGGACCCCAAGCUUUUGUCUGUGGAUAGGAGUAAACUACACAUUCUCCUGCAAAAUGGCAAGAGCUUGUCAGAACUGGAAACAGAUCUUAAAGUUUUCAAAGAAACAAUUCUGGAGAUCUUAGAUGAAGAAGAAGUAAUAGAAGAGCUCUGUCUGUCUAAAUGGACUGAUCCACAAGUAUUUGAGGAGAGUACGUCUGGGAUUGACCAUGCAGAGGAAAUGGAGCUGCUGCUGGAGAACUAUUACAGACAAGCAGAAGAUCUUGCAAAUGAAGCUCGAGAACUCAGAGUACUGAUCGACGACUCAGAAAGCAUCGUCUUUAUCAACCUGGACAGCCACCGUAAUGUGAUGAUGAGACUGAACUUGCAGCUGACUAUGGGGACUUUCUCUCUCUCUCUCUUUGGACUCAUAGGAGUUGCAUUUGGUAUGAACUUGGAGUCAUCUCUUGAAGAGGACCCCAGAAUAUUUUGGUUGGUGACGGGGAUUAUGUUUCUGGGAAGCGGUCUGAUAUGGCGGCGCUUGCUUUCCUUCCUUGGGCGGCACCUAGAACCUCCACUACCUCCUCAUGUUCCUGCAGUUCUCAAAAAAUCCCAACCAACAGCUGGAAGAGUGGAGAUAAAGAACAACCUUAAAGCAGAAACAUUUGGGCUGAGCAGAAGCACAUUAACAAACCAAUAGGAACAGCAGGAACAAAGGGACUUUUUUUGUUACAGGGUGGACUUGGGACACUUUCCUUGCAAGAAUUUCUAAAUUUGUUAAUUUAAUAUAUAUUUUGUGCCAAAAACCUAUAGUGAGAUUUUAAUGCUUACACACAAAAGGAGAGAAACACAAGGGAAAACAGUGACGUGUUUUCCACAGUAAUCUCACCUCUACCCCAUGUAUGUUCCAUUAGUUUUGUGUAUCACAUGCGUGUACUUAUUUUUUUGGGCUUUCUCAUUUCAAGUGCUUCUGUCAAAUACUUUACAUAAUGGCCUUUCUUAAAGAGAAUGGUAUUUUCAGCUUCAAGGAUGACAGCAGUCAGCAUUCAUCAAUAAUUCUGGUUCUGAGCUGCACAUUUAGGAAUCUGACUUCAAAUAUCAAAGAGAAAGCCACUGUUCGAAUGGAUUUUUAAGGCCCUACUUAACUGCAGAGAACAGAUUUUCCAAAGCAAAAAGCAUACAUGCAUCUCUUGUGAAGCAUCACCUCUAAAUUGGCACUAACCAGAGAUAAUAGUUUCCCUUAUUUUAAAAGUGAGCAAUAACAGGCCUUGAAAUGUAGCUGCUUAUCUUGGGUAUUCCUUAGCAAUUAAUUUAGGCCCCAAAUGUAUGCAGUUUUAGUAACAAGGAAAGCGGGCCUACUGAUAAUGCAGGCCUGUGCUUGCCAUCUGCCCUGUUGGUAGAGCUUCAGUUUAACGACUCCUCACAUCGCCAUAAAGACUGAUUCAAGUGCUGGUAACAAUCAACAAUCCAGUUGUUGAUUUCUCUUGAGCUGGGCUCUGCUUUCUGUCUUCUCCCCGCAAGAAGACAGGACAAUGCACGGACUGGUGGGCACCACAGUAAGUAGCCAGGUUAGUAACGGGUGUGGAAGCCUGGUGUCUUGCGAUGGACUGAAGGACGGAGUAAAGUUCUUAGGCCCACUAUUUGUGUUUUCUCUCAGGAUUUAUUGCUGAACUCCAAGGGCAUAGUUCUCCACUGGUUUCUCUGUAGAAGGAGCAUGAAAUCCUUCCAAAUUGAGUCACAAACUGUCUAGUUUUUCUUUGUUUUUUUUUUUUAACCUCUCUGUAACAUACACUGAGUAGCUCCUUAAGUGCCACCAGAUAAAUCACUGUAUUGGUAGGGGUUGGAAAAGACAGUAACUGAGGCUGUGAACAUUUUUACUCAGGACUAAUGACUCAAAAAUGGGAAUGAAAAGGUACAGAAAUCAGAAUUAUACAGGCUUGUGAUCCUGGUUUGGUUGUACGUAAUUAUUUUCAAACAGUUGUUCUUGCUCUGCAUGGGACUUCGACUACAGAUAAAAGGCAUGAGAAGGUGAAAAAAAUUAAUGGGAUUUGUAAUGUGUUUAAGAUUUUUAGCUGAAUUUUUUGCAGCCUUUUUGCUUAGCAGGUAGAAAUAUAUAAAACCUCUAAACUGAGUAAUCCAGUGGAAAAAACAAUGGCUCACAUACACACCUUGGCCGGUAAGCCCCAGGAAAGCCCAGUGCGUGAGGGAAUGUGGGAUGCUGAUGUUUUCAACCAAGCUGUAGUUGCAUUAGGCCGGGAUUGAAACGUGUUGGUGCAGCUGUUUUGGAAGCUUUCGCAUAAGCUUUCCAAGCUGUGUCUCGUGCAGAGAGGCUUCUGUGAACUGUAUUGACUCCUUUUCCUGUACAUAGCUGACUUAAAGCACAAUAAAAGCACUGACAGACACAUCUUUUACAAGAUUGCCUUUCUCCCUACAGACACAUGCAAACACUUAAUGGUUUUCUUACAGUUUCAUCAAAAUGUAUUCAUGUGCAAUAAAAUUGCUCUGAGGUCAAACCUAGAAAAAAACAAAGCCAGUGGAGGCUGUAUGUGGAGGCUGUAUGUUCAGAAUGGAAUUGCUCCAGAACAUGCUGGUUUCAUUAAUUUUCAUUUAAAAAGGAAAACUCUUUUUACUCUGCCCUUAUAAAUACACUGCUUGUUUUGCCUCGCACCACAGUUCACAGAUUUGUAAGGUAAGUACUGUGCUCCCAGUUCCAUCAGUUACUUUCAUAAAGUUCAGAUUUUAAACUUUCUAAGUGUUCUGCUAUUUGGGCAAGUCAAGUCCCCAAAACAGAUCUCAGCAAGCUAGUGUUCACCUUGCCUUUUUUAUUUUUUAAAAAAAAAUCAACCUCCCUGACCAAGACAAUUCUUAAGAAGAUAGGUUGAGGUGUGUCAUCUUGGAGUAUGACCUUUAGAGUUCUGUGAUUUUCCACUGACUUGUGUUAUUUGAAAUAAAAAUAAUGCUUUGUUUGUGGAGGAGGCAAGAGAGAAAAUACGUGUACAUGUAUGUAUGGAGUAGUGUUGGUAAUAAUAGCAUCACAUCUUGCUGUUCAAGUUGUUUAAUAGAUAAUUGAUGCACACUUAAACCUGCAUCAUACAAAAUUAGUGUUAAUUAGUUGAAGACAAUACUGUUAACAAUAAAAGCUGUUAAAAAUUCUAAGCUACAACAGUUAUGGAAUUUUACAUGAAAACAUGAAGGCUAUCAGAGUCAUCUCAGCCAUGAGUGCAAAAGCGUUUCCUAAAACUUCGUUAGUUUGCUUGUGCUUCUCUCCCUGGGAGAUGGCAGCUAUUCUACACCCCAAGGAUUGCUAGAGACAGGCACCCCUUUUUGUUGGCACUCACCUUUCAUCUGGCUUAAGCGUGGAAGUGGGGCAGCUCUGUUAUUUUGACAGCAACUUUUGAUAGCUUAGAAUCCUUGUCUGUAUUGCCAUAUACAAGGAGUUGUAAAUUAUUUGCUAUUCUUUCCAGGUUUUGUCAAGAAAAUACUCAAAUCUGACCAGUAAAGAAGGUGGUCACUGAACAUUCCUUAUACAGCCAAAAAAUUUCUACCACACUCUAGCUGCCUGCUCACUUCAGCCUCUUCAAGGUUUUCAGACUAGGUUGUUCUGGGUUAAGUGAUGCUACUGCUCACAACAGAAUUAGUUUGUGCUUUUAUAUGACUGAGAGAGCUUUGGUUGGUUUGUAAGUCAGACCACCGUGACUGCUCAUAUUCCCCUUCACUUAAAAACAGUGACCAUCCCUCCUUCCCUGAAUACUACCUAGGACCCCAUCUAGCUUCCUGAGGCAUCUAUCUAUCAAAAGUUUGCUGUCACAUGGUCAGCAUGGUUGUUGGUUUGUAUGGGUUAAGGAAAGUAUCACAGAUACUAAGAGAUUCUUCACUAAAUGACCAGCUGUGCCCUGGUCUUAAAGGCUGCCAUGAACUUUUAGAGUGAGUAGACAAAAACCCUUCCACCAAGUCGAGCUUUUGCUGAACUUCUCUCUGCUGCCACCACAACUUCUUUCUGUGGAGAUACAGAACAAGGGUUAGUAAAAUGCAACUGUGGGUGAAUGAUUGCCUUCAGCUUCCCUAACGGAAACCAGAUUUUGUCCAUAUCAUUAGUGUCAUACAGAAAUGUGAUGAGAAAUGAGAGCAACCCACCUCAUCAGAAUAGAGGCUAACAAACUGAUUUGGCAAACAGACUUUAUUUUGUUUGGGGAACUGGAAGAAACAGGAGCCAGACAAAUAAAUCUCUUGCCAAUAUAAACUGUUUCUCAGGGGUCAGGUGAAUACAGAUUAAGCUGGAGUGUGGACUGGGCUGGUGCCAUAGCAAAGGAGCAGAACUGCUGGGAGAGGUGCCUGUGUUUCAGGUGUUGGAUUACACACCCUAACCUAGGUUAGAAGCAUUUACAGUUCCAGGUGUUUCUCCAUUGCAUGUUUUAACAGCAAGAAGUCAAACACCAUUUGUUGAAGAUGAGUCACGCCCCUCCUCAACCUAGCACUGAGGCUUUCUCAGUACUCACACAGAGAACCUCAGUUCUCACACAGGUUACAUCAGAGUAAGCAGAACGUCGGACUCCCCUCAAGUGAACAAGCACUAAGUAACCUUCAAGCUGGAAAAAAGGUUCCUCAGUGCAUCAUACAAACAGAGGGAUUGAUUUUUGGUAAAAAUAGUGAGCAUCUGAAGGAAACAAAGAGAAACAGCUACACAAAUACAUCCAAAACCAUUCAAGAAAGAACUGUGCCUCUCUAUGCCUGGAAAUUCUUGACAUACGAACAGCGUUCACUGCAAGUGAUAGCUAGGACAGCAAGUCUGUAAAUACUAAAUAAGAGGGGUGGUUCGGUGCCUUGUUUACUUCAUAGCUGAGGAUCCACUUUGCAUAAAGGUUGGCAAGAACAGGAAAGCCAGCUGGCACCUACGCUUAUACCAUGCAACCUUUCAGCAAAUUCCUAAGUAGUUUAGAUUUCAGGCCAUUUUAAGGUGAUCUCUUUCAAUUCAGGUGUCAGGUGCCAAAAUUUUGGCAACUCCAUAGUUCAUCCACCUAUAAAAUGGUUUUAAUUAUCAGUUCAGAGAAUGACUGAAAUGAAAACUUAAUUAACUAUAUAAAGCACUUAAGACUUCUGCAAAUGAGUAAGAUCCGUAUGUCAGGUGUUGGCUAGUAUAUGCAAGUGACGUAGAAAGAUGCUACAAAGCAACCGACAACAGUAAUUUUUCUCACCUUUCUUUCAGCUUUAACAGUGAUAACAGAACUCCCAAAUCUUGAUAAUUCCUAUAAAAUAACAUUGCUUUUUAUAAUGCUGUUUGUUAUUUUUUUAAAGUGGGACUUUUUC